UCCUCCUUGUUCCCUGGGGCUGUGUCAAGAUUAGAGUGGGCCGCCACCAACGUGGAGAGCGGAAGCUUCCCCUCGGAGCUCCGCCGCGUGAGGUAAAACCAGGAGAGCGAGGAGGAGGAGGAGGAGGGAGCGCGCGAGGCGACGGUUUCAGGGGAUAAAGAGAGCAAGAAGCGGGCGUCGUUUUCGGGGAGGAGCCGGAGACGCCGGAGAAGGGACGCGCCUCGCUUGCCUCGGAGCCGGAACCGGUUUGAACCGGAGCGCCAGGAGGAGCCCAAACCAUGGCCGAAACCGAGGAGCGGAGCUUGGACGACUUCUUCGCCAAGCGAGACAAGAAGAAGCGGAAAGAGAAGAGCGGGCGCGGGGGCGCCUCCUCCGCCUCCUCUUCCUCCUCGGCUCCUUCUUCCAACGCUAACGCCGCCGCCUCCGCCGUCGGAGGGACCGGGGGAGCCCGGCAGGCCGAGUCCGGAGGCUCAGGCGGGGCGGCCCACUCCAACCCCUCCAACGCCAACGCCAGGGCGGCCCACAAGGAGGAGGAUGAUUGGAAGGAAUUUGAGCAGGAAGAAACAAUUGAUUACAGUGGCCUCAGAGUUCAAUCCAUGCAAAUUAGUGAAAAAGAUGAUGAAGAAGGUGAAAAAAGAGAAGAACCACGGGAUAAUAGUGAAGAACCAGGAGGGGGCAUGGACAGAUCAUCAGGUCCUUGGAAUAGAUCUGCACCUACACAAAUACCUGUUGUUGAAACUGUUGAAGCCCCAGAGCCAGUGCAGUCUGGUGGGGUAUACAGGCCACCUGGUGCAAGAGAAAGCAGGACACGAAAAGUGCCACAAGGACCUCCCGAGAUAUAUAGUGAUACACAGUUUCCAUCAUUGCAAUCCACUGCCAAGCAUGUAGAUACUAGAAAGGAUAAAGAAAUGGAGAAGAGCUUUGAAGUAGUAAAACACAAAAAUAGAGGUAGGGAUGAGGUUUCAAAAACACAGGCAACUAAACUCCAGCUAGACAACCAAUAUGCUGUGCUUGGGAAUCAGUAAAGCUGCACACACAUUACAAUUAAGGAAUGGUUAUUUGAUACCCUUCCAGUCUUAAGGUAAUUAAUCUACAUCUGUUAUGAACAUGCCGUCUUAUUUCUGCUGGAUCUACUGCAACGAGUGCAGACUACUUUGACGUAAGUGAUUGGCACUUAAUUUGGUACUCCUGACUUUCUUCUUUGGAUAUGAGGGAAUUAAAUGUAAAUGGUCAAACAAGAAUCCCCAUUGUUUUGAUUACUCUACAGCCAGUGGUUAUUUCAAAUUUUUUUAUGUUCAGAUAUUGAGCCUUCGUAAGGGUUGACUACCUCAGACUUGCUGCACUCAUUGUGGACACCAUGUGGAUCACAACUUCUGGAAAAGGUUACAACUCUUUAGUGGCCACCUGAAACCAGCUCUACUGGAGUCCUCUAAGAAAUCUGCAGAAGUCGGCCAUCUUGGUUCUGAUUUAUUAUAAAUGACAAAUUUAAGUGACCUUAAAUGAGCAAUUUGUCCUUUGCCCCCAUUUAUUGCAUCAUUUCAUAUGUAGCCAUAACUUACUAGGAACCUCUAGUGUAUGCCACUUUCAAAAAUAUGCAGUGUAGUGUUGCUGUAGUUUACCAGAUUCAGUUUGGGUUAUCAGAACAGAACAUACAUGCACAUCAGAUAGAAAAUAUAGGGAUGCUUGUCUGUUUAUAUCAACUGGUUUCACCUAUGUUUCAUUUUUAAAAUGCCUCUCCUAGCUUCAGAAAGUGCAGUAUAGUUACGUAGCAGCAUGGACUAUGCAGGUUGUCCAUACUUUUCUUUUUCUUUACUGGAUUUCAAGUGACUGCAAUAUGUGUAGUUUGCAUUCAGUGGUCCAUAAAUAAAUGUUUGUGCUCCACUUGAAUCUGGAGCUUAUUCUUGAAAAAAAACAACUCAUGCAGUAUACUUAGCCUUAACAGUGUUUUAUGGCAAGUAUCAGCUGUUGGUCGCACACACUAUUGUAUUUGCAGGAUGGAUGUAAUUACAUGUCUAGUGAAAGAUAAACUCUUGUGGUUUCACUAGUUGAAAUUAGGAACUAUUUUGAGAAUAAGGUGUUGUGCUUAAUGGCAUGUUCCUCUGCUGCCCAAAGAUUGAGCGACAAUUUCAGAUAUGUCUGUCUUUCACCAGCUAUGUGAUCAUUUAUUUGGAAAGAUACAAAAUAUACUUGUAUGCUAAGAUUAGUCCUAUAUUGUACUGUGUGAUAUUGACAGUGAAUACUAGUAAACCCAACUCCCAAGUGUCUCUUGGAAUGUAGAAGGUAAUUGUAUCUGUUUUUUUCAGCUCACCUGAUUUGUCUUUUAGUCAGUGGUGUUAGGUAUCUUGGAGAGUCCAGCCAUUUUCUGGAGUUUUGAGCAGGAAUUCAGAUGUUAUGAAAGUGCUUAGUUUUGUCACAUGGUUGAGCACUUAUAUAAUGUGAUACCUGCACCAUUGAUGGCUGGCUGUGAUAAGAAAUCAUUGAUUUAAUGAAAAGCAAACUUCCUUUCAUCUCAAUAUGGCAUUGGCUUUAUCCAUAAAGAGUUUUUUUGAGAGAAGUCACUGAAAAAUUGCCACCUUAUAGAGAUGUAAAGACAAGCCACUGGAUGUCCAGAACAUUGGAAGUAAAUCUACAGUUGACACCAUUCAGUUGUGUAUCUUUCCUGAAAGUGUCUCUUUGCCAACAAAAUAUUUACAGGGUAUUAAAGCUAAAGAACUUUGAUUAUGUGGAACUGCAUGUCGCUUGAAGACACUGCAGAGACUUGCAAUUUUAAAUCCCAGCUUUGGCAUUUUAUUAAGGCUAUUGCACAUAAAUCAAGUUUUAAUAUACUGGAUGAUAGGCAGAGAACCUGUUCUUUGUAUUUUAUCUUGGGCAUAGCUGGCAGAGCAAGAUAACAUUGUAACAUUAAUAAAUACAAUAAAGGAUGUGCUUCUGGAGUCUAAUGUAACGUUGUGAUGUCAUACAUCAUUUAGACUAAGCAUGGCAAAGGUAAUAUGUGAUCAUGAUGAAAAGUGGUGUUUCAGUUUUAUGUCCAUUACAAGGGAGUAAGUCCUGUUGGACUCAGUGGGGUUACUUGGCUAUUCACUCUAAGGAUAGGUUGCCCUUUGUUAGUGUGAUAUAGCUUAGCUGGUCACUGUCUGCCUCACCUGCAUAUACCAUCACUAGUAAGGACCACAGGUUAAUGUAAACUGACAAAUGAAUUGAUUUCUUGCUUUUUGUGUGGACACAAUGCUGAGAUGGUUGGUUAAUCAUACUAGAGCAGUUCUCACCUGAUGAAUCCAGUUUGACACUCUUUAGAAGCCCUAGAUUUAUUGCAGAGAAAUCUUCACUUUGGGGGGGAAAGUUUUAUGGAAAUACUAAGCCACUGAAUUAUUUGAGUCACUGAAGGUUUUAUACACACAAGAUACCACCUAUAAAAUGCAUGACACAAUGUUCUUUUUAUACUGCUGAACUGUCCUUUCAGGACCGUGUAGUCCUAUUAAGUUUGAGCUUACAUGCAUAUGGGUGGUAAAUGUCCAUUAGCAUUGUCUGAGGUAUCUGCUGAAUCUUAAAAUAUACUUAACUACUUGCCAAUAUGAUAGCAUACAUGCCAUAGUAAACUGCUCUACAGUUUGGGAUCCAGAUGCUUGUAGAAAGACAAAGGAGCAUAACUUUACCUGGAGAGCAAAUCAAGAAUGCAAACAGGGUUCAGAAUUGUUAAUUUCAUUACUGAUAAAAAUUUCAAGUGAUAUUUGGUUGUUAAUGUAAAGAAGGCACUUUGAGAUUCAGAAGAGCAAUGAUAAGCAGUAUCUCUGUCUCUGAAAUCAAAGGUAUUACUGGAAUCUGUGCAGCAUUGGCUUUCUCAGAUUAGUUACCUCUUCUGUUAAUAGACGUGAAGACUGAAAUGCCUUUGACAGUAGCACACAACACAUCUGGAACUGGCCAUACAAAUCUUUAGGUUUAUCACUGAACUGAAGCUUUUAACAGUUCAUGCCACAUUGUCUUGUUCAAAACAGAAGUAAUAGUUAUACUGUGGACCUCUACAAGCACAUGAAAGCCAGCUUCAGACAAAGGAAAGUGAGGGUCAGCUAAGACAGGCCUAAAUGAAGUAAGUGAAAAUGUUAAUAACAUAACAAGGAACACAUAUUGAAACAGAGCUUGUUUGUUGAACAGCCUUUUUAUUCCAAACAUAGAUGGGUCAUUUUUAAUGCCCCUCUGAUACUACGUAUCAAUGAUGAGAGCCUGUGAUGUUCAUUCUCAGAAAGCAGUAGGUGUGUCAGAGAACCUUUACAUCAUUUUCACAGGCUUCUGUACAAAUGCAAUGAUGUGAUUGCAAUGCAGGCCCUACACAGAUGUUGUAACAGCAGUGUCUAUAUCCAGCAGGGAAUCAUAAUUAGCUCACACCGCUGAUGUACCUGCUCCAUAGCUGUAUUUUUGGGAAUCACAUUCAAAUAGCAGGGUCUAGAUGUAUAAGACACAGUGUGUAUUGACCCACUCAGCACAUUAUUACUUCCAGGGCUUAGGGUCUUGACAUACAGAAAUGCCCAGUCAGAUUUGACUGCAGGUGUUGGUUGCAGUUAGAUUGUUUCAGUACUGAGUCUAUCGCCACCAUUCAGGCUCUACAGUCAAAGUUGUGUCUAUAUAGACAGUGUUGUCCGUGUACACACACACACACACACACACAUUCUUCAGUGGGACCUGUAUAUGCUGUGGCCUUAGAUUGCUAUUAUCCUGAUAUCCAUAUUAUACUUGAGAACUUUGAGUGCAGAAAGUAAUGUUAAAAGGUGGAAACUAAAUUUGCAUUACUGUUGAUGUACAGUGCCUAAGCCUAGCUAACGAAAGAGAUGGCCAAUUUGAUUGCUUUCAGAAACUCCUUUUUUGACAAGGCAGGAUGAAUUCCAACUGCAAAAAUGUACAUCAUCUUGAAUAGGCUUAUCUUUAUACAGUUCAUUUACUAAAGAAGCCAGCACAAUGAAAGCUCAGAGUAAAGGUUAAAUGAAACGUCUACAGUACGACUAAGAGGUUCAAGCUUUUAAAAAUUAUACCCAAAAAGAAAAGUGGCAAUGAAUGGACUUAACUCCCUCCCCAAAGUGAUGCCAUAAAAAUGUAAUGGUUUAGGUGUAACACUGCAUUGUAAUAUGAUGUCUGAAGCAAGAUAAGAUAUGAACAGAGAAAGUGCAGAUGAUAAUUGUACUAUCUUCUGAGAAGAAGAUAGGUAUUUGAGGUGGCAAAUAUAAGGCUCUUUUGCCCAGUUGUUUACAUUAAACAAAUAUAACUAAAAUAAGAAGCUAUUAUACACACCUAAUAGAAGGAGGUGACAAUUCUGGACUGGACUCCUUUCAGAUUGCUGGUAUGUAUGGAUCUUAUCUUAGAUACUCAACAGACUUCCUGCAUGUAAAAAAUCCAAUACAGAAAAGGAAGCACCAAGUCUGCCCUGCUAUGUACUUAUUAAAUGAAUCGAGUGCUCUCAUAGGAUUUUACUCCAAUGACAAGCUGAGGUGGUAAAGGAUGGAGUUCUGCCAUUUCUGUCAGAUAUGCAGAAUAGCUCAAUUGGGGAGAAGAAAAUCUUCAGGAUUAUAUCAAAGCACGUAUGAACCUAUAUCACCUUUCUGUGAGAUGGAUAAGUAAAUGGAAUGUUUCUUAAUUGCAGAAUCAGCACAGUGAACUUUGCUGGUAUAGAUCAUUCACAUCUAUUGAAAUGUUAAAAAAUUAAAACUAAUCCAAGAGCAGGUCCAUCUAUAUAGAUGAAGAAAACAUAUUCUGUUCUAAGUAAUGGUAUAGGAAAGAAUUGAAGUCUUGCUGUGCCUCAGUAAUCUAGGUUGUAAAAAGAAUAUUUCCCUACCUCACAGGGGUGUUGUGAGGCUGACUUCAUUGUUUGUAAAAUGCUUUUGAGGUGUUUUUUUCCUGAUUGGAAGGUGCUAUAGAAGUGCAAAACAUAAAUAAUCAGCUGACACCUUAUGGCUGAUUUCAUCAAAAGAAAAUGUUGAACUUAGUUUUCAUUAUAGUAUUUUGCUACUACUAUAGAAAGUGUCUUUACAAAACAUUAUUUAAAUGUAUGGAUCAUGUAACAAUGGACUUUACAAGAAAGCAUGGUUGAGUUUUCAAUCUUUAUGCAUCCCUUUCUGGUUUUUAUGUGAUUAACUGUGCAGAUCUAAUUGUAUUAACAAGGUUUUUGGGUUUUGCAUGGAACAUUAAGAUCAACUAUCAUUUUUGUAAACUCCCUGGAUGAAAUAAAGUUAUGUUCACACCGUU